AUGUUACGGUUCUGUUUCAGGGCGAUCAUAUUAAGCGGAGGGCCGCAGUCGGUGAACGAAGCUGAGGCACUGAAGUACGACGACCGCAUCUUCAAGGCGAACAUACCGAUCCUUGGCAUCUGCUACGGUUUGCACUUGAUCAACAAACAGUUCGGCGGCACAGUCGAGCAGAAGUGCUUCCGAGAGGAUGGCCAGUACGAAGUGGACUUCGACACGUCCAGUCCGUUGUUCAGGUUGGUUGCUGCGCUUAGAAUUUUGUACCAUUGUGGUGACUGCCCUCGCCAUCUCCCCCACCCUCGCCGUUGCCUGCAAACGCUUCGUAUCGGUCGUGCUGUCGAAAGCUUUAUUCGACUGUUAAAGAGUUUUGUCAGCGUAGUUCUCGUUCGUCAAAGCGUUCCCUGUCUGUAUUUGUCAAAAUGAUA